AUGACAAACAUCCAGCUUUGUGAGCCCACAGAGCUUUAUAACAUUCUCAAUCAGACAGAUUUGAGGGGGCUCCCCUCUGUAUCCGACAGGACCUACCUCUUACUCUUAGAUGUGCGAGAGUACUGUGCCUAUGAAGAGUCCCACAUAGUGACCGGCCGUCACUCUAUACGGGACAGUGCUGGGGGAGAUUUCCAGAUUCCCGCUGACGCAGAAGUGGAGACCAAACAUCACUGUGUAGUCUACGACAGCUGCACCGAGUCUCUUGCUGACAAAGAAAGUGACGUGUAUUGCUGUGCCAAAAUGUUGUCAGAACUCACAUGCAAGAAGCCUAUCAUGAUACUAAGUGGUGGAUACGAGAAAUUCUCUGCGCUUUAUCCUCUCUUGAAAACCUUUCAAAUAAUCUUCAGUCCGAGGGAAUUACAGAACCUCAAUCUCCUCCCCCUGGAAGUGGUACCAGGCACAGUAUAUAUGGGCACAGCAGCUCAAGCCAACGACUCGGAGCUGAUGAAGCGUCUGGCGGUCAAGUGUCUUGUCAACGCCUCUCCUGAAGUACCAGUCAGCAUGGCAGAGGGAGUAGAGGUUAAGGAAGUUGUCCUGAACGACACGGCGGACAUAGCCCCACAUCUCAGAGAAAUAUCCCAACUUAUCGAGAAAUACAGAGCCAAGAAGAUUCCCAUACUCGUCGUCAGUUCAGAUAGUUUGAGCAGGAGCGUCGUCCUGGUUCUGGCGUAUUUGAUGAAGCGAAACAAGUGGACGCUUGAGAAAUCCUGGAGGAUCCUGAGUCAAAACAAAAGCUACAUCAGACCGACCUUGGGAUACAUGAAACAAUUAUCAAACUUUGAGGAGGAAAUAUGUGAUGAGAGAACAACUAAUAUCGCUAUUCCCAAUCUCAUGUGA